AUGCCGUCCAUUUCAGAAAAAGGGUGGACUGUGACUGCCGAGAAGCGGCCGAUUCUCAAUGCUGCAGAAAUCGACGCGGCCGAAGCCCGUCUUGGAAUCCCAGUGCCCGAAAUGAUCUUCGGCAACAACAUCAUUAAAAUCGAACAUGAAGCGUCAGGUUGGAGCAUCAAUUUCGACGCUAUCAACGCCCUGGAUCUCGUGGACAAGACAGGUGAGCCCACCGGACUGGUGGUGGCCCACUCCAAACAUUGGCUGGCAACGCGAGAAGAGACGGCGGAGGAAGAGAUUCAGAUUAUCAACAAACCAUUCGACUGGACUUACUCGCCAAAGUACCUGGGAGACGUGCAACAGGGCAAGUGUGAGGCUGAAUGGAAGCCAUGCCCGGAGCCAUUACCGCUGGACAAGCUGACUCUACCGGAUCCCAUCCUCUUCUUUGACGAUAUGGUGCUUUAUGAAGACGAGCUGGCAGACAACGGAAGUGCGGUUCUGUCAGUCAAGAUCAGAGUCAUGCCCAAACGACUGCUGCUGCUCAGUCGCUUCUUUCUGAGAGUAGACGGCGUCAAGUUCCGAAUCAGAGACACACGAGUGUACAUUGAGUUCGAGGAGGGCCUGGUGGUCAGAGAGUACCAGACUCAGGAGGAGGACUACGACAAGGUCAAGAAGCGGGUGCGAGGAGCAAUCAACGGCGACUACGGUCAGUUCCUCAGAGAUAUCAACUGGGUCAGCAAAAACAUGCCCACUAAUGAGAUUGAGAGACAAAAGAUGAUUGUGAGUUGA